AUGAGUAGCAAGCUUUGGGAGUUUUUCAUUCAAGAUGAUGUGGAGAGCUUUCAGCAGUUCCUCGCAAAUGCGACGUUUGCAGGACCGCGAGCUGCAGGGGGAUUCGGAGGACUGGCCUUAACCGCAGCUAACUCCCCAUCUAAAGGUGGAAGUCCAAUAAUUGCUUCAUCGCCUAAUACUUCAAAGCAGAAGAAGAUAUAUGGCGCAUCUCCUGGAACCUCGGCCCCCGAUCGUCCAGGCCCUCAGAAGGGAAAUGCGACUCUUUCUCGCGCCGAUGUCAAUACUCGCGAUCACUUUGGCAGAACCCUUCUGCACCACGUCGCUUCAUCGCCAAAGUCUACCGCCCCGAUAUUCGCGAAUGCCCUCCUUGAAAUUCCGUUCUUAGAUAUUUAUGCGCAAGACUGGGAGAGUGGAUGGACCGCCCUGCACCGGGCCCUUUACGCCGGAAAUGCUACAAUUGCCAUGGCUUUGAUGGCUCGGGAUUCGCGCGAUGCAACAGAUUUCAACAAACUGGGACAUACAAGCCAUUCGGUUGGGAAUUUGAUCAAGAUUAAGGACCGUGAGGGCUAUAGCCCUUUCGAUAUCUAUGGAGAAACCAUUACAUCUCGCGAUAUAAAGCAGAUGUCUUCACCAAUUGACUGGCAUGGAUCUACCGCUCUAGCUACAGCGGGAAGUGAUACUGCCUCAAAUUUUGACGAGGGAUAUGAUGAUGCCUAUGUAGUCCGAGGUGCUCAGAAGUCACGGACGGAUUUUUCUGCCGAUGAGGUCUUCACACUUGGAAGCAACAAAAAUCUAAACCUUGGACUUGGAGACCAAGAUGAUCGGCAAUUUCCAGAGCGGGUCACUCUAACCCGCCCAGAGCAUCUUCUGUAUCGCUUUUAUCGCGAAUAUCAAGAGCAAAAGGGCAUUUCUGAUGAAGAUACUAUCGGCACCGCUGACUUGAAGGAGCUGCCGACUGUCAUCACAAACAAGCCGAUCAAGAUUCAAAACGUUGCUAUGUCCAAGUUGCACACCGCAAUCAUCACGGAUGACCCCGAGGCCAAUCUAUUUAUGUGUGGAUUCGGACCCGGUGGCCGUUUAGGAACCGGGGACGAGUCUACACGAUUCACAUUUGCCUGCAUCGAGACUGGUGGUCUUGCAGGCAAGAAGGUCAUGUCGGUUGCACUGGGCCAAGAUCACAGUCUUGCCAUUACCGAGUUCGGUGAGAUAUUUAGUUGGGGCAGCAACAAAUUUGCGCAGCUUGGUUACAGCCUGCCUAGAACGAGUAAUCGUAAUGAUGUUCCUAUGCAGACAGCACCUCGACAGAUUUUCAAUCCAUUUAAAAAGGAAAGAAUUCUCGGGGCAGCUGCCUCUUCAAUUCACUCAGUUGUCUUCAGCACUUCUGGUCUAUACACAUUUGGUAAGAAUGAGGGUCAACUAGGUUUGGUUGAUUCGGAUGCCCGAUCACUCGAAGUUCAAACUACCCCUCGGCGUGUUGGGGCUUCUCUCUUAAAUUGUCCGAUUCAGAUGGUAUCGGCCAUUGAUCGUGCCACUGCAGUGCUCUUACAAAAUCACGAGGUCUGGGUUUUCUCUCAGUAUGGCUACUCAAAACUCUCCUUCCCACUUGAGGCCAGCUCAAGCUUUAUCCGGAACAGCUUCAUGGCGACAAGAUACGACAUUGCUGUAAAUCAUAUUGUCAAGCUAGUAUGUGGUGGCAACACUAUAUGCGCAUUGUCAAGCUCUGGUGAUAUCUACACGGCUGAAGCCAACAUAUCUGAAGUGCAAAUAGGAUCAACAUCCACCACAAAUCCUGUCAAGAUCCGCAAUUCCUUAGGGAAUCCUGUGAGGGCUUGGUCUGCUAAGAAAUCCCACAUGGCAGCCAGUGAUGUCGACGUGGGGCAAGAUGGAUCAAUCAUUAUUUGCACUACUGCAGGAUCAGCAUGGCGAAAGGAGAAACGUACUCAGAGAAAAGAUGGUACCUCCUCGAAAGAGUAUAAAUUUGCUCGCAUUCCAGGGCUCUCAAGGGUAGUAGCUGUUCGCAGCAAUGCAUUUGGGGCUUAUGCUGUUGCCCAGCGGGACUGUGACGUGACCAAAGAACAAAUUUAUAUCGACAAAAGUACUCUUUUGGAUGAUCUAUUACCCCUGUCGCCCUUUAUGACACCUGCACCCGACGAUGUGGAUUUGAUACUUGAUGAUGAUAUCAAUUCAAUCGUUUUAUCCUCGGCUGUAGUGAUCAAAAGAGGCCUAUUGUUAUCAUCAGACAUUGAGAAACAAAUUCUCUCAUUCCAUUCUCCAGGGCAAGUCUGGCUGACUGCUUCUUCAUCCGAUGCACGGAUCCCAGUGCAUGAGUUUCUUUUGACUGGCAGAAGCCCCGUCCUUCGAAAAGCUUUGCAAGAGUUCCGGGUGUCAUACUUUGCUUCCAUACCCGACAUACUUGAUAUUGAGUACGGAAAAGAUGGAAAUAUCCAAAUCAAAAUCCAUGACGUUGACCUUUUGACCGUCAUGAACGUGGUCUUCUUCCUAUACACCGAUGGCAUUCUUGAUUUUUGGCACAAGGCAAGAAGUACAAAAGACAAUGCGACUCGCUAUCGUCAGGUGCGUACUGAGGUUAUGCGAAUUGCCCUCCAUCUUGGCCUGCCGACACUUGAACGAGCAGCGAGAUUGAUGGUCGAACCGGACAGAAGCUUGAAGUCUGAUAUGGCAAUUGCCAUCCAUCAUCAUUCGUUCUUCAAUGAUGCAGAUGUGGUUGUGCAAUUGAAGGGUGGCAACUCUGUCAAAGUCCACAGCAAAUACGUGUGCCAACGAUGUCCAUUCUUUGAUGCGCUCUUCCAUGGCCACUCGGGUGGUAUGUGGCUCAAGAUGCGCCAGAGGAACCCCUCAGACACCGUCAGUAUCGAUCUGAAGCACAUAGAUCGCUCAACUUUCGAGUUUGUCUUGCGAUACCUGUACGCUGAUACUGAGGAACAUUUGUUUGAUGAAGUCCGAUGCAAGACCGUCGACGAUCUUAUCGAUUUGUUGUUGGACGUGAUGUACGUUGCCAACGAGCUGAUGAUUGACAGGCUGUCGCAAAUUUGUCAAAAAAUGCUAGGCCGCUUUGUCAAAACUCGCAACAUCUCCUACCUUCUAAAUUCAAUCGGACCUAUAUUUAUAAAAGAUUUCAAAGAGGCAGCUCUUGAGUAUAUUUGCCUUGAUCUUGAGGCUGUGCUUGGAAAUGGAUAUCUUGAAGAUCUUGACGAGGACAUCCUUCGUGAGCUUGAUAAGGUAUGCCAUGAGAAUCAGUUGGCAUGCUACCCGGUGUCGCGUGGCCGCAAUUCAGAAGCCUAUGCCUUAGAGAAGUAUCCAGAGAUUGCUUCCUCGGUCGAAGCAGACAAACAACGCCGAAUUGACGCAAUUGCUUGUCAAUGUCAUCUCGGUCAGGUGGCAUCGUCUGAUAUACGACCUCGACAGGUUUCGAUCGAGAAGACCUAUGCAUCUCCAUCAGCGCGUAAAAAUAAGGCUGAUACAUCGCGAAAAGUCUCAAGCCCCUUCAACAGCCCAAUACUUCAAGCAAAAAAAUCAGUCAGUGAUCUAAUGUUUCAGAUGGACGAUGAGGGUGGUCUUUCACCUGGGGAUUUCAAGGGAAAAUCUCAAAUACGUGGAUUGGGCGUGUUGGAGAGUCGAUCAUACCCCGACUCUCCUUUGUUGGGGGCGAGUAUUCCCGAGGCUGAAUCGCUCGAUGACCAGAGCUUCCUGGACGAGCAGAUGGCCUCCCCACGGGACAUUUUAUCCGGCGAAUCCUCGACUGCAUCUCUCGGGAUAGCACGACAUCAAAAGCGGGGAUUGGGAUCACCGCCAGAUUCAUCAUUUCCACCAUGGUCUUCGCCCAUUUCCAAUGGAAAGAAAGAUCUCAAAGACAUCAUGGGGGAGACGUCGCAAUCUAGAGUAUCAAACCUUACCCUGGAGAUGGCCGGCCGCCGUGAGAGUGGUGGCAACUUUGCGGCAAGAUUAUCUCAAAAAGAGAGAAAGAAGAUGCAGCAACAGCAGAUACAGGAGAAGCUUUCUGCACAACAAAAGGCAAAGGAAGCAGCGCAAAAUCCUUGGCAAAUGCCACAACCAGGUACUCUUCCCACAAUAGUUGGAAAGGCCGACCCCCUUCCGGGCCAGAGUGGUCCCAGUCUAUUCGCUUCUGAGCCUGCAAAGCCAUCUCAGAAACCUUCCAUGACUCUCAGACAAACUGUAGCGGGAACAUCUCCAUCUCGUUCAGCGCCACUUUCUACGCCACCACGGCCAAAAACUCGCAAUGUGUCAGUGGAUAAACAGCAGUCACCCUUCUCCAAACCUUCACCAUCAGAGGUUCCCACAUCCUCUCAGCAAUCACUCCCUAAGACAUCACCACAGCCUGUCAUCCAAUCAAUUCGGCACAUCCCACGACCAACUUCCGAGUCUCAUCCCCACUCCUACGGCUCCCUUUCGUUGACAGCAAUUCUGCACCAGCAACAGAUUGAAAAGGACGAAAUUCGAGAAGCAGCUACCGCAAAACAUAACAUGCAAGAGAUCCAGGCGGAGCAAGAAUUCCAACAAUGGUGGGAGCAAGAAAGCAAACGUGUCCAGGGGCUCAUGGAGCCCGAACUUGAGCAGCGCGGUGCUAAAGCCGGCCGUGGAAAAUCAUCUGGCCCUGCUGCUAAUUCACGCAGGCGUCGUGGCGGCAACAAGAACGCCCCUGUCGAUGGGACUUUAUCCCAAAGCCCGAAGCAAGUGUCUUCUCCAAACUCUGGUCAUGCCAUCUCUACGAAGAAUCUCAAAGGUCAUGCUACAAAGCAGACGCAGGCUAAUGCUGCUACUGGUGCGCCGAGCAAGAACUCCCGCCGUGGAGGGCAUGGUCAUGGUGUUCAACGGGGCAAGGGGAAGGACCGCGAAUAA